GCAGUAAAAUUGGGCGCGCUUGGGUACUGUCGUUCCUUUUUUUCUUAGAAAUCCCCUUGAUUCAACCCCAUCAUGGCAGAUGCAGAUGUUGAUUUCACUAGUGGAGAUUCUGGGGCCUCUGCAACUUUCCCCAUGCAAUGCAGUGCCCUCCGCAAGAACGGAUUUGUGGUUCUGAAGGGUCGCCCCUGCAAAAUUGUGGAAAUGUCCACCUCAAAAACUGGCAAACAUGGCCAUGCUAAGGUACACAUGGUAGGUAUUGACAUCUUCACUCAGAAGAAGUAUGAAGAUAUCUGCCCUUCUACCCACAACAUGGAUGUGCCCAACAUCAAGAGAACUGACUUACAGCUGGUUGACAUCUCAGAUGGUUUCCUGAGUCUUAUGAACGACAAUGGUGACGUUCGCGAGGACCUUCGUGUCCCAGAAGGUGAUUUGGGCAAAGAAAUUCAAAACAAACAUGCAGCUGGUGAAGACAUGUUGAUCACUGUGAUCUCAGCCAUGGGGGAGGAGUGUGCCGUGGGCAUCAAGUCCAUGACCACCAAGUAGGAAAGAAAAGAGGGGGGUGCUCAGGCUGCAACACACUUUACCAUAACGAAUCUCUCGCAUUCUGUCUUCAUGUUAUUGUCACCAAAGCUAUGGCCUUCACAAGCAACCUCAACGUACUUUUGUUGUGUUUUUAUUCCUUUUUCUUCUCCAUCCAAUACUGUGCUGGACUUUUAUCAUGUCUUGUUGGGUUGUUGGCAUUCUGUCAAAUCACUGAGGUUUUGUUUAAUUUUUUCUUUUUUUUUUUUUCUUUUUCUUUUUUUUUUCUCCAUUCCACUUCAUUUUGCCUUCGAGAUGUUUUGUCUUGACACUCACAUUCCUGAAUGUUUAAAAAAAAAAAAAAUAAUGGGAUCCAGUUUUUGUAUUUUUUUUUUUUUAAAUAUAUAUAUAUAAUUGCAAAAACGUGACUUCGUGUGCAGAAUAUAUGCCUUUAGGAAGGGAAAAUAUGCAUUUGAGUUGUAGAGAAGAAAGGGGAAGGAGAGACUCUUUACUGACAAUUUAUUUUUCCCUUCUCUGGGUGCCAUACCUUUUUUUUUUUUUUUUUCCCCUUUUUCUCCCCCCCCCCCCUCCCCCCUGUUUUUUUUUGUUUGUUUGUUUGUUUGGGUUUUUUUUUUUUCUAAGGUCAUUAGCCCUAGAUCUGAUGCCUUUUUCUCAAAAGUGGGAUGUGGGGAUUUUGGUAGCAGGCACUUUGUAACAUUGACAGUGCGUUUGUGCUACCAGAAAUGUUUCACAUCAGUGUAAUAGGAAAACAGUAAUGGGGAAAACAGAAAAAAAACAAUAUUCAGUGAUUUCUCACCUAAAUGCCAGUCUACAUUGUACAGAAGUGGAAAGGAUGUGAUGGCCGUGUGCGAUUAUCUCUGUAAACCAGUCGCAGCUGACCUGAUUUUGGCUGUCAUUGAUAACCUGAAAUAAAGUGUUGAAGCCUGGAUGUGUCUCCACUA